UGGGGUCCGUUUCAGCCGAUCGCGGACACAUCGGACCCACCCCCGCGUGCCCCCGACAUGCCCUGGAGGCCCGGCAGGGUCGUCAUCAAGGGCAAGCGCACUGCGCACUUGAAACCGGAUUUCGGAGCCAACCACUCACUGCCAUCGCCAGAGACUAGGGAGGCGCUCGAAAUAGACUUCGACAACGUCACCUACUCUGUGGACGAUCCGAUGCUGCCUUGGAAGAUCCUCGAGUACUUCGCAAACCUGCAGGUAGAAGUGUCCUACGUUGAGAACGUCGGGAAGCGCAAGGCCUACUCGGACUACCUGUUCCGCAAGAUGAACAUCUACCUCUACUCCGUAGCCGGCGCCGACGCCACCGUCAAGCUGGCGCCGCAGGGCUACUUCUCUCCCGAGUUCUUCGUGUGGUUCGUCAACAAGCUCUCCAUGUUCCUGGUGCUCGUCAUGACUGGCAUGCUCCUUUGGUUCAUCGGGUUCCUAGCCUACUGGUACUACGGAGGCGGCACCGACUCGUCGCCGACCGUCAGUGACGAAGGCCGCGGCUUCAGCGAGGUCGUAGCUGUUUCGCCCACUACGUUACGUUCCGGUCGCGUCUCGACGAAUGCAGCAGGCAGCAGCAGAGUGCGGUCGCGUUCCUGCAACGAUAACCUUUAAUAAUAACUCACAGGGUCCCCUAUGCAUCGACCUCAGUCGACUCGAAGUAGAGUAGAGUAGAGUAGA